UCAUCUUCAGCUGCGAUCAAAUGCAAAGAACGAACAUCGCGUCCCUCUCAUCUAAAAUAAAUAUUAGGCCGUCUGUGCUGUUUGCACUGUGCACACACACACGCGCUGUAAAAUAAAUAAUAAAGGGGUCAGGCCAAAUUCAGAUGUAUGUCAUGGUCACGUCCGUAUCAAUGGUCAAAGCCCGUUCUCUCUGUCUGCAGUUCGCCGUCGGAGCCUCGGCCUGUGCAGCUCUGUGUCAUGCUACAGUGCUUCAAACGUCUUCAGCAGCCGGCCAGCUGUCAGAGGACUCUCAGUGCACUCGACAGUCUUUGUGGAGCCAGAAAGCCGUACCAAGAAGUGAUAGACGUCUCCUUGGGUGAUCCGCACAGGGCAGGUGUGAAACCUCUGUCAUAUGUCCGACAGGUUCUUGCUGCUUGUAUUUACCCUCAGUUGUUGGACAGCACCGGACUGCCGGUGGACGUCAGACAGAGGGCUCGUAAGCUGCUUGGGGACUGUGCUGGAGGGAGUGUAGGUUCUUACACUGAAACAGCAGGUAUAGCUCAAGUAAUCCGCAGGAUCUCUGAGUUCAUAAUGAGAAGAGAUGGUGGGGUUCCGUCUUACCCUGAAAACAUAUACAUCAGCCCCGGCUCGCGGUGGUCAGUCAUGAACACUUUCAACAUGAUGGUGAACAACAAGGGGCCCCUCAGAACAGGGGUGCUGACUCCAGUGCCAUGCCAGUCCUGUACCAUUAUGUCCAUAACCAUGCUGGGAGCAGCUGUUGUUCCCUACUACCUCAACGAGGAGCAGGGUUGGGAGCUGCAGGUCGAGGAGCUGCAUCGAGCGCUGGAAUCGUCAAAGGGGAUGUGUAACACUGUAGCCCUGUACGUCAACAACCCUGGAAAUCCCUCAGGUCAUGUUCAAAGCAGAAAAUCGAUGCAACAGGUGGUCCGGUUUGUCUCAGAGAACAGGCUCUUCCUUCUGGCAGAUGAGGUCUAUCAGGACUGUGUUUAUGGGGAAAAGAGCGAGUUUCUCUCUUACAAGAGCGUUCUGUCUGAGAUGGGCCCUCCUUUUUCAGACACAGUGGAGCUGGCGUCCUUCCACUCAGUAGCCCAAGGCUUCAUGGGAGAGUGUGGUCUGCGUAGCGGAUAUGUGGAGCUGGUAAAUCUGGACCCCACUGUUAUGAAACACGUCUACACACAGUUCUCCAAAGACAGCUGUUCGCCUGUGUUGGGUCAGCUUGCCCUGGAUCUUAUGCUGCACCCUCCACAACCAGGAGAUCCCUCAUACCCCCUUUAUAAAGAGGAGAUACAAAACAUCAGGAGCACGCUGGUUCGAAAUGUGAAGAGAGUUGCUGAGGUUGUAAACAGUCUGCCGGGUUUCUGCUGCCAACCAGUGGAAGGAGGAGCAUUUGUGUUCCCCAGACUGUAUCUCCCACCUAAAGCCAUUCAGAAAGCAGAGGAAGUGGGAAUGCAACCAGAUACGUUCUACUGUGCCAGACUGCUAGAGGAGGCUGGUGUGUUUAUCAGUCCUGGUUGUGAGGACGGACAAAAGGAGGGCACCCACCACAUCAGAUUUUCCAUCAUGACAGCUGAGAAGACUAUGGAAGAAUUACUGAGCCGCCUGACCUGCUUUCACACACAGUUUAUGAAGGAUUUUUCUUAAGCAAAAGGCACUUAAGGGGAUAAAUAAGAAUUAUUUUCUCCCUGUCACUUACUUGUAUCUGAAAAAAACAAACCAAUCAUUUUCCUUAUGUUGGCAUGUGAACAUUUAUUGCAGUAAGUAGGAAAUUAUUUACUGCAUGCAGUUUAUUAUAAUAACCUUUCUCUUUACUUUUUUAGAGUAAUAUUCAACUUCUGCUAUUCAGAAAGCAAAUAACCAUUAAAUAACAAACUACAGUCCAAAAUCCAAACCAAUGGAUUUUCUUUCACCACGCAGAGUUCAUCAUUUAUAUGAACAAUAACAGUAGGAGACGGCAGUCCACCGCGCGUCUCAGCUCUUCAAGAGUCCUGAUUGGCUCGGCACAUUCAGUAUUAUCUCAAGGAGUCACAAAUUCUCAAAAAAACAAAAACCUGUACAAAUGAGAUACCGUCAUCCUCUUUGGUUCCU